UGUAUACUUUUUAAUCAGUUAAUUUCUCCCUCCUUUUCUUACACCUCCAGAUUUCCCUUUUCUUACACCCACCGACCCUCAAUUCCUUCUUCUUCCCAUUCAUAUUCUGAUAAAUCAAACUAUAAAAUUUCCCCCAAAUUUCCAUCAAAAACCCACAAAUUAAAUUUAAAAAAUCAUUUUUAUUUGUGUCAUUUUGUAAUUGUACCUUUCAAUUCACUUCUCUCUUUCUCUCUCUUAAGAUACCACAAAAAACCCAUUCUCUGGAUCUCAAUCUUCCAUUCCUUUUCUGUUUCCCUCUUCAUCAAUUUUUCACCUUCCCUUUUUAUUUUUCUAUAUAAAGGUCCAAUUUUUCUUAAUAAUGAUACACAUUUUCCAUUUUUCUCAAUAUACCCACUUCACAUUUCCUUUUUCUCUCUAACAUUCAAUCAAGUUUCUAUUUAGUUCAUCUCAAUUUCACUACUUUAGACCAUUUACAUUUGUGGGUACCAAUCAAUUUUCCAUUUUUCCUUUAAAGUCAAUCCUUUUGUGUUCUGGGUGGAGGAGAGUUUUUUUUUUCUCUCCUCCUGUAAGUUUAUUGGUCUUGUACAAUGGCUACAGAGUUUGUUGAUGAUGUUUCUUACUUAACUUUUUUACCCAUUUCUUUGAUUUUUGUUGUGAUUUGUUUGGUUUCCUUUUUGAAGAAGAAAAGUAAGGGUAUUAUGACAGGAAAUGGGCUUUUUUGGGAUGAUGAUAAUCUUCAAAAACUUAAAUGUUCUGUAAAAAACUAUGAUUGGGGCAAAAUUGGUAGUGAUUCUGAGGUUUAUAGAUUGUACAGUGCCAAUUCUGAGGCUAAUAAAUUGGAUCCUAGCAAACCCUUUGCUGAAUUAUGGAUGGGAACCCAUGAAUCUGGCUCAUCUCAUGUGGUUAAGAAAGGUAAUUUUUUGAGUGAUGGAAACCCAGGUUUUGUUUUUUUGAAUGGAAAAUGUGGGGAUUUUAAAGGUGAUACUCUCAAGUCUUGGAUUGCCAAGAACCCUAAUGUACUUGGAAAUAAGGUUGUUGAGAAAUGGGGCUAUGAUCUACCCUUCUUAUUUAAGGUUCUGUCGGUUGCAAAAACAUUGUCCAUACAAGCUCACCCAUGUAAAGAGUUGGCAAAGAUAUUGCACAGGAGGGACCCUAGUGUUUACAAAGAUGAUAAUCAUAAGCCAGAAAUGGCUCUUGCCGUAACAAAAUUCGAGAUCCUUUGUGGGUUUGUUGGAAUUGAGGAUCUCCAAAAGAUUCUUAAAGGCGUUCCGGAAAUCUCACAGCUAGUCGGUGCUGCUGUAGUGGAUCAAGUUUUGAAUGUUACUGUACAAGACGGGGAGCACGAAGUUAAGGCUGCAUUGAAACAGCUUUUUACCCAUAUCAUGUCAGCAAGUGAGCAUGUCGUUGCUGAGGUGCUAUCACAGUUGAUUAGUCGCUUGAGGAAGAAGAAAGAGUUAACGUCAGAGGAGAAGUUGGUCCUACGGCUUGAACAGCAAUAUCCAGGUGACGUGGGUGUACUAGCUGCUUUCCUCAUGAACUUCGUAACUCUUAACCCUGGUGAGGCCUUGUGCUUGGGGGCGAAUGAACUCCAUGCAUAUGUAUCUGGUGAUUGCAUCGAGUGUAUGGCGACUUCAGAUAAUGUUGUUCGGGCUGGUCUAACUCCAAAGAAGAGGGAUGUGAAGACUUUGUGCGAGAUGCUCACAUACAAACAGGGUCGUCCCAAUAUUCUUAGGGGCUUUAACGUUGAGGGAAGUGACGGACGUACAAAAAGGUACCGUCCUCCAUUUGAAGAGUUUGAGGUAGAUCAUUGUGAUCUCCCCGAAGGAACUUCAACCAAGUUUCCCGCAAUGGCCGGUCCAUCCUUAUUUGUAGUCACAGAAGGGACAGGAACAAUAAGCACUACGCCCUUUUCAUCGGAAAAGAUAAGAGUAGGCGAUGUUUUAUUUGCACCGGCUAACACAAAAUUCAGCAUAGAGUGUACGGGUAAACGGCUGCAACUGUAUCGAGCUGGAGUGAACAGCAAAUUCUUGUCAACGUCCCUCACAGAGGACGAAGCUGCUGCAUAGCGCGCUUAUAUUUCCGAUAAUUCUUUUGGCUUUCUUCCUGCAUCAUUAAUUUCACUAUUUUGAGAUUUGAUGUAUCUAUAUAUAUUUGUUAAUUUUAGCCGAAAAGCGAAAAGAAAAACUUAUGUUGUACACAUAUGUAUGCUAUCACAAGAGUAUAGUAAAAAAGUAGUAAGAGAAAUUUCUCACA